AUGUCUGAUUUCACCAAAUACAACGUUUCUUCAUUGGCGUCUUGGAACGACGCCCUCAAGCUGGACUUGAACACUCAGUUGGGUGCUUCGGUGUUGAGAACUUACAACGCCGAGGAGGCCUUGAUCAACCGUGAGGUGCUCAUCAAAAACUCCAACAAGGUUUUCAACACUGGUGUCAAAGUUCAAGGUGCUCCUGUUACCAAUCAGAAGGCUAGUGGAAGAUGCUGGCUUUUUGCAAGUGGUAAUGUGUUGAGACUUCCUUUCAUGGAGAAGCACAAUGUCAAGGAAUUCCAAUUCUCCCAGCUGUACUGGUUCUUCUUCGACAAGCUUGAAAAGUGUAACUUCUUUUUGGAGAAGUUUUCUGAAUCAAUUGACUCUACCGCUGAGUUGGACAUCAACUCCCGUCUCAUCCAGCACUUGUUGGACGACCCCACAUGUGAUGGUGGUCAGUUCGAUAUGUUCAUCAACGUGGCUGAAAAGUACGGUAUGAUUCCUCACGAAUUGUACCCCGAUGCUUACUCGGCCACUGCCUCGAGAACUUUGAACUUCUUGCUCAAGACGAAGUUGAGAGAGUUCGCUCAGCAGUUGAGAAAGGCUAAGAAGGAGGCCCUGGCUCGAUCGCUAAAAUGA